AAUAAGGCAUUGUAAUUGAAUCCUUAAAUUGAUGCAUUUUCAAAAUGAUCUAAUCCUCAUUGAAUUACAAUAUAAUUUAGAAUUAGUGAAUGCAUGGAAUGAGACAUAUAAAGAGAGCCUUCACUUUGAGAUGUUAGUAUAUGCAGCAGGCUGAGGAAACAUCAGAUACUUGAAGGAAACCAGGAUUUUUAUACUCUUCAGAAGAUUAUCUCAAGAUGUCACCCAAGGUCAUUACAGCUCUUAUGAUGGUAGUUGUGGCUGGAUGUAUGGUAGAGGUCCUAGCUGUAGAAAGAUGUGAACCUUGUUACGAUAUUAUUGAUAACCCACGAAAGUCAUUACAAUCAUGUGGAAAAUGCAAACUAGUUGACAAGAAGAAAGGGACAUUUGAGUGUGAUGAAUGUAAAGCCAAGUUCAGGUGUGCCAGCACUGAUUAUCCUAAUCCUGCUAAAUAUAAAGCAAUAGCUGAUCGAAUGGUUGAAAGAUCCGAUUGCUUCGAUAAUUAUGAAGAAUGUGCAAGGUGUCGGUGUCCUGAAAUUGAAAAUCCUUGAAUUGAUUGUCAAUGAUAACACA